UUACGGGCGAUGUGAUUGCUCGCACGGCGCGACGUGGUACGACGGCAAUGAGCUGGCACAAAUUGUUACCUCGCGUUCUCCCGUGGCAACGGUGCGCCGCGAAUGCGACCGUGCGCGCGAAUCUCGAGGGGAAUCCGCGUCUCUCGAUCAGUGGAGGAUGGUCGUUUGGCGAGUGAUGCGAUCCGUACCCAGCUCCCGCUCUCUGACAGACCCAUUCCCCUAACCUACCCGGAGAUACCGUAACGCAUAACCUGACUAGCGCGCGCAUAACAUAUUGCGCCAGGAUUCACCGCGUCCUGCCUCGCUAACGAAAGCGUCGCGGCUCGUCGCGACGUCGCCCGCGUCUCCAGCCCGCGGCACGUGCCUCUCUGUGUACGCAGAUCACGGCGGCAUUGGUGAAGAACGAGGGCUACAAAAUUGUAACAAAAUUGGACGACCGUGACGAUCGUCGUGCUGCCGAGACACGGACAACACACGCCGGAAACAUAGAUCUUGAACAGUUCGAGCGCCGCGACCGUGCAGAAGGGCUCUAUGUGCUCCACCGAGACUUGGGCGAAUGGUACUUUAGUUUCCGAGAGCCUCGCAUCGUGGUAUCGCGGCAGGUGCACACCGGCAGCUUGUAAUCCAGGCCAAGGACAGCGGCAACAUGCGCAACGAAAUUACAGCGGCGGUACUGUUCUUAGUGCAGCUGAUCGAAAAAAACGAAAAAUUUAGUCCCGAUCAAUUGGAAUGCUUCAAGCAGCGGCUGGUCGAGCUGUUGACGGAACGAUUCAAGAACCACUGGUUCCCUGACCAGCCGUUCAAGGGCCAGGGCUACCGUUGCAUCCGCGUCAACGGCGUCAGCCGCAAGGACGCGACCCUGGAGAGCGCGGCGAACGCCGCCGGUGUGAAAUACGAGGACCUGUCCCUGCCCGUGGAACUGACGCUUUGGGUCGACCCCAACGAGGUCGCCUGUCGCUUCGGCGAGAGCAAGGGAUCGUACUGCACCCUGGCGUCGUUCGACGACAAGGAGAACACCGCACCUUUACUCCAUAGCGAGAAUACGGAGAAAGAGAACGAGCAGCUCGCGGGGCUCACAAAGACACAGAAAUCCCCUCUAACCGCUGGCGCAGAACAACAGGCAAAAUCAAAACCGCUGAGUUCCGCUAAUCAAAAUCAACAGCCUAGCAAUAACGGUACAGCGAGGAGGCGUAAUCUGAAUAGCCCUCGGCUGCACCUGAACAGAAACCGCUCGUGGUUUGGUCCAUUCAGCAUGGGCUACGGUCCUCAUCCGAUAAACCAGCCUUGGUACAACAUAAUGCCCCCUCAGUUUCUAGCCGGACCUUCCCCGCCGCCCUUCAUCGGGCAUCGGGGGAGCAAGUGGAUACACCCGCCCUCAUAUCCCGCAGGACCCGCCCGUUUUCACCACUGGUCUCCCAAAGCCGCUCUUAAAGUAUAAAGAAAAUUCGCUCUGAUAGAAACCGUUAAGAAACCCGUUUGUUCUGGCUCGCGAGACGAAGGAGUAACAGCAAGUAGACUCGCUUCGCACAGAGAUGCGUAUUGUAUUGUUUCGGUUUAGGCAUCACCGCAAGAGUAUUACAAGAUUGAUAAUGGCGAGAGAUUCCUUUUUAAUUGACGUACUCGCAUUUAUAUAAAAAGAAAGAUAUAUAUAUAUAUAUAUAUAUAUAUAUAUAUAUAUAUAUAUAUAUAUAUAUAUAUAUAUAUAUAUAUAUAUAUAUAUAUAUAUAUAUAUAUAUAUAUAUAUAUAUAUAUAUAUAUAUAUAUAUACAUAUAUAUAUAUAUAUAUAUAUAUAUGCACGUACGUAAAAAGCGUAGAUAACGGAUGGACGAACAAAAGAACAGAUCCUUUCACAUCGGGAACAGGUUUGUUAACGCGUUUCAGUGACGAAAAUUAUCCAUCCUGUAAUUACAAAUGACCUUGUUCGAAUUACGACUAAGGCUUGCGAUUUUUUAUGACGAGAAGAUAACAUGCAUUAUCACAAGUUGCACAUACAUAACGAUAAAUUUGGAGUAAUAGAUGUUCAGCUCCGGAUGCAAGGUUGCUUGUAAAAGCUGGUGGUAGAUACUAGUAGUGCGAUUUAAGUAGCGUAUUAGUGAGGAAGCGCGGCACACAUUAGGCGUGCGCGAAACGGAAAUAGAUGUCAUAUCACACGAUGGUUAUUUCUCCGGUCAAUUGUCGAGAUAGCACUUAAAUAGGCAUUGUAUUACUCGAAAGAGAGAGAGGUAUGAUGUAUCGGACGCGGAUGGGAGGGGCAGCUCGCUCGUGUUCUCUACAGAAUUGUUACUGCAAAAGGUACAGAUUGUUUGCGCGGAAGAAAGUCUCUUUGUUCGCAAAUAGCCAGGACGUUCCGAUAUGACGGAUAUUCAACGUGAUAGAACUUUACAUCUCGGUUCCCCUCCCCUCACGCCGCCCCGGGUACACGCUGUGACGAAGAGCAGUGAGAGGGAUCUCAUUUCUUAUUGUAUCCUUAUUGCACUUCUGCUUCUCCAUAUGUGCAUAUCUGUAAAUGUAUUUCUGAAGCCUCGUGGGUAUAUUUAUACGUUUGUGUGUGUAUGUAGAAGCAUAUAUAUGUAUAUACAUAUAUAUAUAUCUGUAUACUCACUUAUGUAUGGGUAUAUUUAUAUACACGUACAAGUUAGUAUGCAAGAGCAGUGCGGUGGAAUAUAAGAGGGAAAUGAUAAGUCCGUAGAGAGGAAGGAUGCUUAAAAAGGGAAAAAAGAAGUUACCUUUCAUUUUCCGUGUACAUAUACGGCGAAAUAUAACUGUUAGCGAUGAACUACGUGAUUACGAUGUAACCCUACGGCAUAUAUGUCCCGCUUGGCAAGUCUGUCUUUGCGCGAGAUACGUGUAUAUUGUAAUAAUUGUCGUCUAACGAGGUGUGCGUGAGAGCAAAUUCGUCCUACUCUUCCGCGCUAGUCGGCAUGGGGAUAGCGAUGUUAGUGCAAUUCUGUCGAUUUGCGUGUGUGUACUUGGUAGAGAAAUUACGCUUUUACACGGAAAAAAGGAAAAGAAAAGAAACAGAGAAACACCUCACACCGCUGAGUUAUCAUUGAAAUUGUGUCGACGAUCAGUAUCGGACUCAACGGCACGACGUUAAUUAACGUUAAUCGCCGCGCUCGCGAUUAGAUGAGAACGUUAUUCUCGCCACGUUAAACGUGAAACGUGACAAAUUUAUUUUUGACAAACGAUGACAAAUUUAUUUUUGACAAACGAUUUUUGACACGUAUUUAUUUUAAACACGCUCGUGUAUCAUCGGUGCAUCGCGCGGCAGUACCAGCGACAUCGUGUGCACCCAUUUUUUAAUGAUUUCGAUCCUCGCGCGUAUCAUGACAAAAUUUUGACGAAACAUCGACGGUAUGCGGGAUAGCCCGCCGAUUAGCGGCACGACUGAGAGAUUCUCCUAAGCGGAGAAAUUGGAAAUAUCGAAGCAACAAACCAUCCUGCAUAUUCGCCUCGACUUUUAUACAAUGUAUGUUUGUUUUACUCGAUAAUACGUUUCUUGUUUUAAAUUUGGUAUUGUUUUAAAUAUGGUAUCGUCUUUUUUUUUAUACACACACGCGCGCGCUCGCGCACAUAUAUAUUGCAUAUAUUACAUAGAUACAUUUAUAUACAUAUAUUUAUAUACAUGCAGCCGGACAUAUACGUACACACAUUUACAUAUACAUGUACAUGCAUACACAUUUGUGCGCGCGCGUGUGCACACACACAUACACACACAAGACACAUUUAUAUAUAUACAUAUACUUAUACAUGUGUAAGUGCGUCAGUGACAUUGCAAGACGUGCAAUAUAAUGUGCAAUGCUCACUUGUGAUUUACUCUAUAAGAUCAGUUGUUCCUUCGGGGCCGAUGCUCUCUCGUGGUCCCCACAGUGUAUCAGGUUUUAAUUCUGUUUAAUUAUUUAUUUAUAUAAUCAAGAUCCAUGCUGCAAAAAUUGUUCAAGUUAUCGUGAAAUCGGAUAGAGAGGAGGACCUCUCGAAGAUCAUGAACGAGCCGAAUAUAUGAAUUUUUGUUAUUUUAGAUGUGUUAUAUUGAAAGAUCAAUAAUAUCGUACAACAUUUUCUCAUAUGUACGCAAGACGUGCGUACAAUCGACGACACUCGCUCGACGAUCUUUUCGAAGGAACAGCUUUUCUUACUAUGCACACGCGACACCGUGUGGACACACUGUCCACGCUACUUGAACAAAAUGUCCGUAGAUCCCAGUACAGGGUGCAUUUUUACUCUAAUAAUCCAUAGCUGGAACAAUACAUUCUCGAGCGGUUAUUCUGUAAUACUGGUAGGAUCACUGGGAUCGGAGAGUGCGUUAUACAUAACGUUGCAUGAUAGGAAUUAUUGCGGUCGCCCGCAAUGCGACCCGGUAUAUCACUGUUGCUGGAUACACAAUAGUCUUUAUACACGAAUGACGAGCAUUAAUCUAGAUGUGUAUCAUAAGCGUCUGUAAGUAGACUGCACUAGACGACAAUUUUAAUCAAUAUAAUAUAUCAACGAUAUAUAAGGCGACUCUCCUCGUAAUGUUCGCGCAUAUUUAUUUCGCAUAACGGAGGUGCACGUCGCGAUAGUGAUUUCAUCUGUGGCGUGUGCGUGGAAAGAACGUAUUCCCUUAUUGUUGAUCAUUGUUGAUUUUGAAGAGCGAGUGAAUCUUUUUUUCAAUGAUUUGUUUGUAACAUAGCUUUAUUGUUUCGAAUAUUUUUUUAUAAAUAGGUGUGAAGAGAGAGAGAGAAGGAGAGAGUACAGAUAGAGCCGAUAUAUUAAGUACAAAUACAAAGAUAAAAUAAACCGCGAGGGUCGAGAGAACAGUUUAAAGUGAAUUUUAUAGAAUUUUAUUUACAGAUCUUCGAAGUUAUAUUUACAUACCGAUGUUAUAUUGUAUGUUAUAAAAUGAAAAUGUAUAGAGAUUUUUAGAAUUGUUUAGAUAUUUAGUGUAAAGCGACUGAUGAUAUAAAGGGUAACGCGUAAGGCGCAAGCAUACGACGUUUACUGCGAUAUAUUUUGAAGAGGAUCCGUUUUGUGUGUAAUAAAGAUAUUUUUAGACGGCUUACCGUGAGACGAGAUUGUUGUGCGCCUCCGUUAUGAUGAAAGAAAUUGAUGCGUCGGGAACGGGUCGUCUCGUAUAUAGCGUUAUUUUGCCACUUUAAUGUUUUACAUCGUUAGCGUUGUUCACUGGAUGCAUCGUAUUUGAUCUAGCGUAGGGAUUUUUGUGUUCAAUUUGUUGAAACUUAUUCAGAGAAGUUAUGUUGUUGUUAUAUAGGGGAGUAUGGAAAGUCUAUACAAAUAUAAAAAAAAAUAUAUAUAUAGAUAUAUAUUACAUACACAAUGUGUGUGCAUAUAUAUAUAUGUAGAAUAAAGCAAUAUUGCAUUCGGACAUAUUCUUUUAAUAAUAUUCUUACAUAUACAUAUAUAUAUAUAUAUAUAUGAAAGGAGAUGCUCAACAUUUGAAAUGUUCCAAACUUUGUCACUGUGUUCAAAUGUAGGGAAAAUUGCGAAAAGCCGAAUGCGACGAAGAAUGUACUUUUUAUUAAUGAUAAGUAGUUAGUCAAUUAUUUUAUAUAGCGAAAGCUAUAUGGCCGAAAAUGACAUAUAUCUUACAUACUCAACGAUGAAAUGCGACAAAACAGUGGGAAGAAACAAAAGAAAAAAAAAUACAGUACUUUUAUAUACAAGAGAAUCCGGAACGCUAUACAGGCGACGAAAUAUCGUAACGCUAUUUGCAAAAGCAAACGCUGGUUUGCGGUCAGCACAAAAGCAUUUUGUACUUAUUCCACUUUUCAUUAGAGAGCGGCAUUUUAGCACUUUGAAUCUGAUACCACGCAUCACCAUUUGCAAAAUACGCGCGUAUUAUUCUCGAUCGAAGUUUAUCGCAGUCACGUAUCUAAAUAGAGAAUACGUAUAAGGAUCUAACGUAUGGUAAUUAAGAAACCGACGAAAUACGAAUAAUAUGCGUAACGAGAUCUUAAUCGAAAAAAAAAAAACAGAAAAAAGAUAAAAAAUUCCACAGACCCGUCGUGUACACUCAAAAAAGUGUUUUGCUGGUCCAGGUGGACUUCUGAAUGUCAUGGUUCAAUUAUACUUUAUAACUUUAUACUUUAUCACUUUAUAUUCCGCUUUUUGUAUCCUCUAGGAAAUAUUGUUUGUGCAGAAUUCGCGGCAGUACCAAAGUUCCAGCGAUAUCUAAAUUUAGGUCUCGUUACCAGUUAUUAUUAAUCUAGCCUUAAUCUGGAUGAGUGCCAUAGAGAGAGAGAGAGAGAGAGAGAGAGAGAGAGAGAAAGAGAGAUUUUCUCUCCCUUGUGCUAAAUUUCGCGAAUAGUUCAAAUGUAUCAAUUCUGUCUCCGUCUAUAUUUGAUCAAAUGGAAAACAUGCGUGAUAUCACAGCGUUUGCUAGUCAUUUAUCUAUCUUGGCUGAUUCCCCGUAUCCAGAUCGUUUUCGUCACGACCGCGAGGUCAUUGUUUUGAGUGUAGACGAUGGAUUCAAAGUGUUAAAACGAAUAUCGAAUCAAUGGACGUAUAAGUAUCGGUGCCUUUCCUUGAUACCAACACGUUGAUUUUUACUGCGGCAUCAUUUUUCUCAUAGAGAUAAAGUUGCAUUUCAUAUUAUCUACGACUCGACGACAGACCCUUUCUCUUUUAUGACGGGACAUAACGAAGUGACUGAUUUCCCGGAUUGUCGCGUAACGUCUGAAGAACGUAUUAAUGUUUGGAUCAUUUCGAUUGUAGGGUAAAAAGAGCACUAUAUAAACGUAUUUAUAUGUAUAUUAUACCACUGCUGUGUCAUACGUUGUAAGAGUGUUUCUUCUUGCGUGACUAUGCGAUAGUACUGUCACCUUCUGAACGGACAUUGAGAGAAACGAUUUUCUUCCUCGAAUCAGCGAAUUUUACGCUGAGAUCUCGAGUGCGCUGGAAGCACGAGUCGGUGCUCCCUGAUCGGAUAAUUUCCUUAAGUUUUCAAUUAGUAAAUUUGUUAAUUAGUAACUUACCGUAAUUAAAACGAAAGAUAUAUAUCAGCUUGAUGCGAAAGGUCUGUCAAGUAAAGCGGAAAACAAAAUUACCCAAUUUCGAAGGAUUAUGAUAAAUAAAUUAAGAGGACUAUUAGAUAAUAAUCUUGACGAAUAAAAUGAACAGCAUCGAGACUGAAUGUUUUUUUUUUUUUUUUUUUUAGAAAUUUAAUGAGGACUCUGAUUUUUGUUUUAUGCCCAAGUUUCCUGCGAAACUUUGAUAGAAAAAUGACGAAUUUAUCGCAUUAGUUUACUUAUUUUUAUAUAAGAAGGAAGAGAGAAGCCAUGAAAUUUGUCGAUCGAGAAAAUUUCUCGAAAAUUGAGAGAGAAAGGAAGGAAAGCCGUCGCUCUUCACACUCUGUUCGUUUUACUGUAUGACUAGGCCGAUUUUUGCAUUUCUCAGUAAGUUCAAAUAUAUAGCUCCGUUCGAUAUUUCUUUGCUUCGUGUUACCUGUAACAAAAACAUACAUUCGUACAACAUAUUUUUCGAAUCACCGAUCGUACUACUGUUUGUACUCUGCAUGGAUCGAGAUUGAUGUGAGCGUGCAAUUGGAUGUAUCUUAAGUGUUGUCCCGUGCGUUUGCACUCUGCGAUCAAGUCCUUUUUCUUCCCGCGUAUUAAAAUCUCAAAAACAAAUCUUCUCGCAGUGACGCGCUGUUGUUCACUCAAAAAUAUGUUUUGCUGACACAGAUGGAGUUCUAAAAUGUCGCAGUUCAUCGCUGUUUUUUUUAUCUGCUAGAACAUUGCCUGUGGUGCGUGCGAAUUAACAGCGUUUCAGCGAUAUCUGCAGGCGAAUUUAUAUCUUGUUACCAAUUUUUGAUCUGGCCUUAAUCUGAAUGGGCAUCGCAGAGAAACUUUCUUCCUAAAUUUUACAAAUAGUUCAGACACAUAACAACCAUAUCUCUGGCCUUAAUUAGUAAUCGUUACUUGAAGUUUAUUUCACAUGAAAUACUUUUGCUCGGAAUCGGAUCCAAGCUUUUCAGUCGAAUUGUGCGAUACAUGUGACGUCAUGUCUGUAGUCACGACGCAACUGGAAAACUCUCAUCCGACUCGAGUCUGAGUUCUUAUUUCAAGGGAGAUUUCAAGUGACUAUUAAUACCUCCGCCGUCUACAUCGAUUAAAUACAAAACUUUGCCAGAUAUUUAUCCAGUUUAGCGAAUUUCUCGUAUCUAGAUCACUUUCGCUGUGCAAGACCAUGUUUUUGAGCGAAGAAACCUCAGAAGUCGCGCGAGUGCAGCAUCCGCACCGCGGACAGCCGACCGCGAUACAGCCGGUUCGUGCGCGAUUCUGUGCUCGUUAAUCAAAUUUGAUCUUCGAACGCUCGCACGUUCGAGUACACGUAACGCUAGAUAAAUAAGUAGCGCUUUCGACAUUUCGAUUAGGGGCAUGCCUGGCGCUUCGAUUCGCUGUAAUACGAGGCGGCCGGUCGUCGGCGGAGGUCGCGUAGGACUCCGGCCGAUUCGGGACUACUCGCACCGCUAAUUAGAUAAGAGUUUUUUCUGUCGUGUGUAGCGUUUUACGAGAUGUAGCGCGAAUCGCGGUCUGCGAGGUCGAAGGGGUCGCGGGCGGCUUGCCCGAGCCUCGUCGCGAUUAGAGAAGGCGAGAUCUCUCCCGACCAAAAUUCUAUAUUCUAUAUAUUCGACGUUAAUUGUAAAUACUGCGUGCAUAGCGACGCGACGCUUUUCAACAAUCAGGCUCGAUAAUUAUUCCGGAAUGCGUUGAGGAACGCGAUCAUCACUCGUAUGUUGAGAACACAAUCAACGAUUAACGACAGUGUUAAAGGUAAACGCUCUUAUUUAUCGACGUUUAGCCUCGUUGCAUAACUUUCCCCGUAUACCGGAGUGCGCUAAAUCGCCUCGACGUUUGUUUAAUUAGCCCGUCACUGGAAAGGUGAAAUUUGUUGGAUUUCUUUCUUCUUUUGCUUUUGGUUGUAUCUUUAAUAAUUUCUCAAACUUUAUUAUAUAUAUAUAUAUAUAUAUAUAUAUAUAUAUAUAUAUAUAUAUAUAUAUAUCCCUCAUGACUCUGCGGAAUAUUAAGAUUUAGAGUAGCAGCUAAAAAAAAGAAAAUUCUGAAAAUAUUACAAAGAUUUGAAGAGAACGAAAUGGAAUGCGUAGACUUCAUUUUUCCGAUAAUGGGUCAAUUGGCCGCGUUUUUUAAUCUUAGAGAAGAAAACGCUCGAGAAUUUAUUUGCAGGAUUUCUUCGAAAUCUAGUUUAUUUCUCUUCGAAUGAACUUCAUAUCCUACUCAAAUAAAUUUUUUAGUAUUUUCUCAAUGAACGUCUAUAUGAAGACGCUAUGUGUAAGAUUGAAGAUCGUGAGUGAAGAACUGUUCUGCUUAAAAAGUCUGAAGGAUUGAUGGACAAUAUGUGCAAAUUUCAAUCAAAAUGCUACAUGGGUCUUGUCCGAACAUAUCAUUUCUAUUUCGGAAAUGUCAAUUCCUCACAUUUCAGCUUAUAUGAAAAAGAAUUACCAGUUUUUUUCGUUUCAUAUCGUAAUUUACUUUUAACGAUUAAAUAUUUAUCCGUGAAUGCAUGUGCCUUUCUACAUCAUUUCUGUUGUUUCUUUUUUUAUUAAAAACCCAUGAUUCAGUUUAAUAGGUUCCUCUUACGUAAUCCCAUCAGAUCCUUUAAGCAGAGUAGUUACAAUGUCGAGGCGUUUACGCAAUCUUUAAUCCGCCUCGUUAUUGCAAAAUGUCGCAGAGCGCGACACUCGCACCGUCGUCAUUGAUCGAUUGUUCCGAUUGAUUGUACUUAUCUAGUCAGGUCACAUCAAUCAUGAUGAUCAUCGGGGUUUCUCUAUUGUUCACCUUUACUUUAAGAUCUCACACGUGCGCGUAAAUAUAUGAUAUACACGUAUAACGAUAUAUAUAUUUUUUUUAUUAUACACUUUACGAGACAAUUUUCUACUACUAGCGAAAAAGAAGCGACGUGAUUUGUACAUAACGAGGAAGAGAGAGACAUACAUACACAUAUAUCCCAUCUCAAGGCGCGACGCCUUCGCCUUUUUGCAGACCGCGACAGAGUUUUAACAUUGUUGUCGGUAGCGAUUAUCGUCUGAUUAAGAACAAGCGCUCGACCGUUGCGUCGCACCCUGUGUAUAUACAUAAAUAUGAAUAUAUACGAAAUGCUACACGCAUAUGUGCAUACAGGAUUGUUCAAAGAAAGGUGUGUUCAGGCGUAACAAGUGUUUUACGCAUUUGGCCCACUUUACGUUGACGAAAACCCGGAGAGAACUUCACCCUUUGCGGAUUCGCGUCUCUCCCCACUCUCUUCUCCGAGCGGCAACUCAACUCUCAUGUCUUAUUAUUAUUGUAUUUGUUUAUAAUCGUUUCAAUAUAUAUAUUGAGCAUUCAAAACUGCGAUAUUUUUGUGAUACGAUGAUUUUGUGUACGACGGCAAAAUGAUGUCUCCAAAUAAGAAGAGCCUCGCAAGCGAUACUUUUGCGCACUCUCGUUCUCUAGUUUUGUCACUUUCAUCGUUUUACAUCUCAGACUUGUAUUAGUAGUCAUUACUUGAGACUUUCCUCGGGUGAGAUACUCAGAUUUGAAUUCAGGCUUCCGUGUUAAUAAUCGUUACUUGAAACUUGCUUCAGGUGAGAACUUACUCAGAUUUCAAUUUGAAAUUAAAUGAGAGCUUUUUAGCUGUGAAUUGCGGUUGCAUAUACAAAUAUCAAGUUUAGUGAACAUUAUUAAAACGGAUCUUGGGACAGAUGAGUUUUAGACGAGUUUUUUUCUGUUGUAUCGCGACUACAAAUGUUAUAAUGUCGAGUAUAUUGUAUGAUUGAAAUAAGAAACUCAAAUUCAAUUUUAAAUUCAGAUCUGAGUAUCUCAGUGGGUCUAAGGCCCAUGUUAACAAUUGCUACUUGAAGCUUGCCUUACGUGAAAUAUUCGGGCCUGCAUUAACAGUCAUUACUUGCAACUUGUCCCACGUGAGAUACUCAUAUGAAUUUAAAAUUAGAUCUGAGUUUUCUGUUUGAAUGUGCACAAUAUAUGCGACAUUACAUUUGCGAUUCAGCGUGCAUUCACAUCUAACUCUGAAUUCAAAUUUGAGUAUUUCAUUUGAUACAAAUUUCGAGUUAUGACUAUAAAAUACAGUUCUCAGAUUUCUCUCGAGAAUUAGAUCCAGAUUUUUCGAAAUUUGAAUUAUACGUUUUGCAUCAGCAAUCGCGAUUCAACUGAAAACAAACUCUCAUCUAACUCUGAAUUCAAAUUCGAGUAUUUUACUGGAGACAAGUUUCAAGUAAUAAUUAUUAAUACGCACUUGAAGACGUGUGAAUUGUCUUCAUCUAAGAGCGCGAUUUUAGUACAUAAUUGAGAAAUAUUUUAGCGUGACAUCGAGCUUUGUCUGGAUGUAUCUCGCUUGAAUUGACAGACACGUUGUGCUUGAAUAUUUGCAGUGAGUAGAAUAAUAUUAGUUGAUCUACUCUCAAGGUGUCGAUGAUAUUUAUUUGAGGGAAAAGGUGCGAGAAAGGUUCUUAAAGCCGCAUGUACUGCAACUUUUUCUGAACAUCUCGUGUGUGCAAAACUCAAAUCGAAAAGAAGCAACAUUUCAGUGACAGUUUUGGCGAUCAGUCGACUGAAGACGAAGAAACACUACGAAAUCUUGACUUUCAAUCGAAUAUCUCCUGUACAUUCAACAUUUAAUUUCAAUCGCAUCACACAAAUUGCCGAUGCAUCUGCGAUCCGACCUCAAAAUGUUCGUGGCAGUUUUUCUAUUCAAAAUCGAGGUACACACGUGAUCACAAACAAAACACCUACACACAAAUAGAGAAAAGAUGUACACACGCUACAUUUAGAUUCGACGAUUUUACAAGUAUUCUACUCAAUACAAUAUCGUGGACAUUUAAUGUUAGUAUGAUUGUAUUAAUGCCAUUAACGACUUACAAAUACAUAAAUCAUGUAUGGGGAUGUAACACAUAUUUAAUAAAUACUUUUGCAAAUCA